AUGCUCUCUGAGGAUCUAAUUGAGUCAUAUCGGACAGUUUUCGACAGUGCUGUGGACCACCGCCUUGUAAACGAACUAUGUGCAGGUAAACUUGCCGAUAAGACGCUAUUGAUCUAUCUUGUUCAAGAUGUUAAGUAUUUCAACUUGUAUAUGAAGAUAGUGCUCAAAACGGCAUACCUUUGUCCGGAUGAAGCUGCAACGAUUCGAUUUGGCAAACAGGUUGGAUUUAUUUCCAACGAUGAGAAUGACUAUUUUGAGAGGACUAUCGACCUCCUUUGUGGAAGAGAUAGCUCUCUUGAGAGAUACGUUAACGACAAGUCGUUUGUCCUCGAUGAAGUCAAGCAGUAUUUAUCAUUACUCACCAGAUUGACAACCAGAUUACAGGACUAUUCUUACGAUCAAAUGGUGACUUAUCUUUGGACCACAGAGGUGGUUUACCUCAGAUGGGCACAGAAAGCAUUGAAAGAUCCAAAUGUUCCAAGUGAUUUACAUUGGAGGUUGAAGGGAUCUUUAGGGAAACCGUAG